AUGACAUCUAAUUUCAAGGCCCUUGUAUUUGACCUAGGAGGUGUCCUGUUGAACUGGGAUCGUUCCAGCGUUGACAUGAUGACUCCGAACCAAUUUCUGACCAUCAUGAAUUCGACAACCUGGCACAAUCUCGAUAGAGGGUUAGUUACGCUCAAAGAAGCUUGUGUGGAGUUUGGCCAUCUACUUGGCCUAGAUGCGUCCACCGCCGAGGCUGCCCUGGAGCAGGCCCAGCUAUCGCUCACACCUAACACCUCGCUGAUUGAAACAAUUCAUGAUUUGCGGGCGUCGAACCCCAGCCUAAAGUUCUACGUUAUGUCCAACAUCUCUCGCGAGCACUUCGAAAUAGUCCAACGUCUCAACAUCCCAUGGUCGGUUUUCGACAAAGCUUUUGCGUCCGGCGUCGAGGGCAUGCGGAAGCCCGACUUGUGUUUCUUCGAGCACGUUAUCAAACAGACAGGAGUUCCUGCAGACCAGAUAGUAAUGAUCGAUGAUACGGCUGAGAAUAUUUGUGCGGCUCGAUCAAAGGGCAUGCAUGGCAUUCUUGUCGAUAAGGCGCUCCCAAACGUCAACAUCACUCUGAGGAAUAUGCUCCAGGAUCCCCUCCCACGGGCCCAAGCUUUCCUGAAGAACAACGCCGGGAGCCACCAUUGCACUGUCGAAGGCCACGAGGAGAUUCAGCUAAAGGACAACUUUGCGCAGUUGAUGAUCUGGGAGCUCACCGACGAUGAGGACAUAAUAUACCUCAAAUGGCCUAACGGCCGAAUGCUUGGGUCUCAGGACACUCAUGCCAAUGGCAACACCUGCACGGCAUCUCAAGUUGAAGACGGUCUCUGGAACUAUUUCUUUGAGGCUCCUAUCCUUACAACACGUCAAUUCCCUCCUGACGCCGAUACAACGUCGACGGCAUAUCUCUCCCUUCCUAAGCGGUACCUCUCCACGGUGCCGCCCGUCGAGCUCAUCUUGGAUGAGAUGGCAGCGAAUUCGGAUUCGGAUGGAAUCAUGCAGACGUAUUUUGACCCGAAACGGCCUCGUGUCACCCCCGAGGUUUGCUGCAAUAUACUUCGAGUCUUCCACAGCUUUGGCCACGGCUCCGAUCCCCGCAUCAAAAGAACUGAGGAUUAUGUCGUAGAGUGCCUAAACAACAACGCCUGUCUCAACGGAAACCGGCACUACUCGACGCCCGAGAGCUUCCUCUAUUUCGUGGCUCGGCUAUACGCCGAAACCAACUCCCUGUCGCUAAGGAAGAGGCUAAAGGCAAUCAAGCCACAACUCCAGAAACGGCUUGAUAUGCCCGCGAACCCAUUGGCCCUGGCACUGCGCUUGUUCGCCUGCCAAUCAAUGAGGGUUGAUCCACUGCUCUAUCAGAAAGACCUGGAAAGGCUGCUGUCCCUGCAAGAGGAAGACGGUGGGUGGCCCGCUGGACACUUUUGUUGCAUAGGAAGGACUGGUGCUCGCAUAGGCAAUCGUGGCUUGACAACGGCCCUUGUGGCAAGAAUACUCCAACAUGAGAAGGCUAACGCUUAA